UCUCACAAGCUAUUGGAUGAAACGCAGCCGAAAGCAGUUCGCUGUCAUGGAAGCUGCGUUGUGUGAACAGAUGUCCGUCUUUUGUCAAUAAUUUUAUAGUUUUAUCUUGAUUAAUUUAAUCGUACGCUUACCUUUAUGUAAAAUACAGCACGCCAUGGCCGAAAAGUUUGAUAAUCUCGAGGAACACCUCGAGAAAUUCGUCGAAAACAUAAGACAGCUUGGAAUUAUUGUCAGCGAUUUUCAGCCCAGCAGUCAAACAGGACUCAAUCAGAAACUAAAUUUUAUGAUCACAGGACUGCAGGACAUUGAGAAAUGCCGACAGCAGCUUCAUGAUAUCAACGUACCGCUGGAAGUGUUUGAGUAUAUUGAUCAGGGUCGUAACCCUCAACUCUACACCAAGGAGUGCUUAGAGAGAGCGUUGGCUAAAAAUGAGCAGGUCAAAGGAAAGAUUGACACCUUGACUAAAUUUAAAAGCCUCCUCAUUUCUGAGCUGGGGAAGGUUUUUCCUGAAGAGAUGGCUAAAUAUAAGGCCAUUCAUGGAGAUGAUCCUCCUUCAUGAUUUACCAGUGCCACGACACUUCAAACGCAAGAUGUACAUAUGUUGAUAUUAAUAUAACAUGUUUUUUAAGGUUUAAUUCAUCAUUCAAAUAUGCAAAUUUUUACAGCUUUUUCAUCUUUGUAUUUGCCUUUGUAAUUCACAAGAAUACGGAUUGAAAACUGAGGGAUAUUUUGGGAUUUCCUUGAAACAGUGAAAAGCUUUUUUUUCAUGCAUUGUAAUUUUCGCAGCAUAAUUUUUUUAUUUUUCCGUUGAAUAAAUGAUUAUUUUGUGUAAUCACAACAA